AUGAAAGUUUGCUGUGAGAAGAAUGCAAAUCCUGGUGUUCCUCUUGCCACUUCUGUUGUUAUGAGCCUUAUGAUUGGAUUACUAAAUGAGGGCAGCAUCUUAUAUACAGACAAUUUUUACACAAGUGUUCAUCUUGCACACAAGCUUCUUGAACAAUCAACACAUUUAGAUAGUACUCUAAGACCAAACAGAAAACUGAAUCCUCAAUAUGUUGUACAGGCAAAACCGAAGAAGGGGAACACAAAGCAAAGGAAAGAACCAAGGUGUAGUAAAGAAGCAGAAGUUCAAACCAGGAAGGGCACAAAGAAAAAACCAGCAAUGAUAAUCGACUAUAAUCAGUCAACGUCUUUUAUAGAUCUUUCUGACCAAAUGAAGUUGUACUCACAUUGUCUAAAGCAGGGUGUAAAAUGGUACAGGAACCUUGCAAUUGAAUUGUUGACAGGGUCAGCACUGGUAAAUGCUCAUGUGAUUUACCAAUACAUCAACAACAAGAUCUCAAUUACAGAAUUCAAAGAGGAAGUGACUUUGAGACUACUCCAUACAGAUGAUGCCAAUGAGCCUGAGACACCUCUCACCUAA